AUGCACCCAUCCCUCAACAAGGCCUACCGCGACAUAGUCCGCCUCCACGAUCAAGAAACGACUCUGACAACACUAACAGCCGCCCGCAACCUCGGAGUCAACAUCCGCAUCGUCGAACAGCCACAGUCCUUGUCAUCAAUAUCCUCUUCAUCCUUCAAGCAACCGGUCCCCUUCAAUCCGUGCUUCUUCCUCCCUCCUAAAGCUAAAGCACCAGCAAGCUCGACCUCCAAGCCCAGAACAACCCGCAUCCCAGAGCUCAUCCGGGGUAGAAGUGAAAAGCCCAUGCACGAAUGUGUGACCUGUGCUUCGAAAUCCUGCGAGCCGGGUGGAUCUUCGUCGCCUGCAACCUCUACUUCGCCUUUUCUUUCGCGCCAGAGGUGUUUGCAGUCUUCAUCCACCUCGUCGUCUGGUUCUGGUGUGCGUUCGUCCUGUUCUUCCUCCCUUGUGUCGAGGACUUUGGAUGGUGAUGGUGAUUCGCUUUCGUCUUCGUCUUCGUGUUCGGGGAGUAGCGGCGAUGGAAUUGAGAGCGAGGGUGGGCCUAUGGUGAAGACUUUGGCUGAGAUGAAGGGGUUCUCUGUGCCUAAGCUCCCUACUUUAGGGAAGAGGCCAGUCUUAACGGCGAACGGGCCAGUAAUGAAGGGAAAAUACCGGCAAGACCAAGCCGUUGCGCUGCACGAAGACGACAAGUGGAAGAUUAUCCAGGUCCUCGAAGACACCUCAUACACCUGGCCACACGCUAUCAUCGAGAUGAUCGUCAACUCUCGCGGUCUAUUGGACGGGUCAGUUCUGACGGCGUCUGAAGUCAGAGCGAUACUGCGGGUCAUGAAAUUGCGUAUGGAGUUGAGCCAGUAUCAGCACCAUCCGUGUCUUCCGGUGCUUGCCCUUUCAUAUGUUGCAACCGGACACGGACCAAACAUUGAGUAUCGAUCGGGACGAAUCAUCCAGGCACACCAUGAUGGUGAACAGCUGGUGAUUCAGUAUUCGCAGCGGCACGACCUCUACACCGCGCAAGGGGCGCCUGUGUCUCUUGACAAGUUCCUUCGUUACUACUUCAGCGAGCCGGUGAAAACGGGUGCUUUGGGUGGCGAGGAGGAUGUAGGGGAGUCUUGGAAACUGCUGCAGUGGAAUAUGGGAACCAAACGCCGUCGUGACUCGAGCGACGGUGACGAUAUCCCGACAGAUGAGGACAAGGAAGACCGGUCUUUCCGUCGUUGGUUCAGUAAGAGGCUGGUGCUUUAA